GUGGCUGCAGCACAAGCAGGCAAGGUGACUGUAAUCAGGUCCAGAAAUCCCAGGUGCUAUCUGGGGGGAGAUGUAAAUACUGCAUGAACUGCAGGUCACCUGAAUUUCUCAAGGUGGGCUCCAAACAUCUGCCACCAUAAGCACAGGCUGCAAUGUCUGAACAGGUGGCUGCUGUAGCUGGAGGUAUCAUUGGAGCCGUCCUCUUUCUGCUUCUUAUUGGGAUUGGGGUGUACGUCCUAUGGAAAAAGAUCUGCAUUGCUCCCUCCUAUGAAGAGCUUUACAACGUAAGCACACCGACUAGCAUGAGGGGUAUCUCAGCAGAACUGGCUGUGGCAUCUUCAGCAGCUCAAAUCAAGGAUCCUGGGGCUAAAAGUGUUCCAUUUAUAGUUCCACCCAAAUUCCAUGGACGAGACUGGGUUGGUUUGCAGAAUGGAGAACGGAUCCAAGAAGACAGCGAACCUUACGUAGCACCUGACUUCUUUCCUCGAUCGUCCUUCUGUUCUCUUGGAGGAUCAUAUGUCUUGGGCUCUAUUAAUCCUGCAUUGUACAAAUAUUCAGAAGACAAUGAAGAAUUAGAUUUCCCAGAUGGUAAUAUUGGACGCAUUUGGUUUGCAGUGGAAUAUGAACAAGAAUCAGAAAGACUUGUGGUCUCAUUAAUUAAAGUAAGGAAUUUGCGCUUCAGCUCAGAAUCCUGCAACCCAUUUGUAAAGAUGCACCUCCUUCCAGAUGAGCGACGCUACCUGCAGUCAAAGACUAAACGCAAAACUCUGAACCCACAAUUUGAUGAGAACUUUGUGUUUCAGGUAUCGGGUAAAACGUUACAUCAGAGGACUCUAAGGUUUUCCGCUUAUCAUGUGGAUAAAAUAAAAAAGCAUCAUCUUUUAGGGCAAGUGCUGUUUCCAUUAAAAAAUGAGAAUUUAACAGAUGAUGGGAAACUUAUUAUUUGGAGGGACCUGGAAAUGGAAAAUUUGGAGCCUCCAUCAGAAUACGGCGACCUACAGUUCUCUCUUAGUUACAACGACUACCUGGGAAGACUGACAGUUGUGGUUCUCCGUGCGAAAGGGCUCCGUUUUCACGAGGAGCGAGGCAUUGUCAGUUCAGCAUUCAUCAAAGUGUCUCUCAUGAAUCACAAUAGAUUUAUAAAGUGUAAAAAAACAGCUGUGGUCCUUGGAACUUCAAAUCCUGUUUACAAUGAUACCUUAAGCUUCAAGUUAGAACUAACAGAACUAGAUACUGCGAGUCUGAGCCUAACAGCGCUGCAGAACACCGAAGGAGACAAAACACACUUGCUGGGUCGCGUUGUGGUUGGACCUUACAUGUACACGAGAGGCAGAGAGCUGGAACAUUGGAAUGAAAUGCUCAACAAGCCUAAAGAACUGGUGAAACGUUGGCACGCCCUCAGUAUUAUCACUUAAUGCACGUUAUAUUCCACCACACGGACAUUUCCAUGUUAGAGCCCAAAUAACCAAUCUUGCAAAUGGACUGUGCUUAAAUAAGAUGAAAAAAAGUCUUCUUCUUAUGGAAUACUUUGCUCUUAUACAGAGUUUCAAGAUGUCUGCCUUCUCACCUUGUUGAAUGGACUAUCUUUAUUGAAAAGACUUUACAGGGGCAGAAGGGGUAGUUUAGCAGUGGGUAACCUUACCCACAGAAAUAAUUCAGUGUUAAUUUGUGUUAGCUACAGUAUAACUGUACUUGUCUCAUAAAACAGACUGCUUAGUGAAUAUGCCCUAAUUACCUGACCAUACAUGUAAGCUUACUGCGAAUACGCACACAGUAUAACUGUACUUGUCUCAUAACAGCUCCUGUUAGUGACUAUACCUGAUUCAUAUCAUAACCUGACCAUACAUGUAAGCUUACUGCUGAUACACACACACAGUAUAACUGUACUUGUCUCAUAUAACAGCUCCUGUUAGUGACUAUACCUGAUUUAUAUCAUCACCUGACCAUACAUGUAAGCUUACUGCUAAUACACACACAGUAUAACUGUAAUUGUCUCAUAAAAGCUCCUGUUUAGUGACUAUAGCUGAUUCAUAUCAUAACCUGACCAUACAUGUAAGCUUACUGCUAAUACACACACAGUAUAACUGUACUUGUCUCAUAUAACAGCUCCUAUUUAGUGACUAUACCUGAUUCAUAUCAUCACCUGAUACAUGUAAGCUUACUGCUAAUACACACACAGUAUAACUGUACUUGUCUCAUAAAACAGUCUGCUUAGUGAAUAUGCCCUAAUAACCUGACCAUACAUGUAAGCUUACUGCUGAUAUACACACACAGUAUAACUGUACUUGUCUCAUAUAACAGCCUGUUUAGUGACUAUACCUGAUUCAUUUCAUCACCUGACCAUACAUGUAAGCUAGCUGCUAAUACACACACAGUAUAACUGUACUUGUCUCAUAUAACAGCUCCUGUUUAGUGACUAUACCUGAUUUAUAUCAUCACCUGACCAACCAUACAUGUAAGCUUACUGCUGAUAUACACACAGUAUAACUGUACUUGUCUAAUAUAACAGCCUGUUUAGUGACUAUACCCGAUUCAUAUCAUCACCUGACAAUACAUUUAAGUUAGCUGCUGAUACACACACAGUAUAACUGUACUUGUCUAAUAUAACAGCUCCUGUUAGUGACUAUACCUGAUUUAUAUCAUCACCUGACCAUACAUGUAAGCUAGCUGCUAAUACACACACAGUAUAACUGUACUUGUCUAAUAUAACAGCCUGUUUAGUGACUAUACCUGAUUCAUAUCAUCACCUGACAAUACAUUUAAGUUAGCUGCUGAUACACACACAGUAUAACUGUACUUGUCUAAUAUAACAGCUCCUGUUUAGUGACUAUACCUGAUUCAUAUCAUCACCUGACAAUACAUUUAAGUUAGCUGCUAAUACACACACAGUAUAACUGUACUUGUCUAAUAUAACAGCUCCUGUUUAGUGACUAUAACUGAUUUAUAUCAUCACCUGACCAUACAUGUAAGCUUACUGCUGAUACACACACAGUAUAACUGUACUUGUCUAAUAUAACAGCCUGUUUAGUGACUAUACCUGAUUCAUAUCAUCACCUGACAAUACAUUUAAGUUAGCUGCUGAUACACACACAGUAUUAUUGAACUUGUCUCAUAUAACAGCUCCUGUUAGUGACUAUACCUGAUUCAUAUCAUCACCUGACCAUACAUGUAAGCUUACUGCUGAUACACACACAGUAUAACUGUACUUGUCUCAUAUAACAGCCUGUUUAGUGACUAUACCUGAUUCAUAUCAUCACCUGACAAUACAUUUAAGUUAGCUGCUGAUACACACACAGUAUAACUGUACUUGUCUAAUAUAACAGCUCCUGUUUAGUGACUAUACCUGAUUCAUAUCAUCACCUGACAAUACAUUUAAGUUAGCUGCUAAUACACACACGGUAUAACUGUACUUGUCUAAUAUAACAGCUCCUGUUUAGUGACUAUACCUGAUUUAUAUCAUCACCUGACCAUAUAUCAUCACUGCUGAUACACACACAGUAUAACUGUACUUGUCUCAUAUAACAGCCUGUUUAGUGACUAUACCUGAUUCAUAUCAUCACCUGACAAUACAUUUAAGUUAGCUGCUGAUACACCCACAGUAUAACUGUACUUGUCUCAUAUAACAGCUCCUGUUUAGUGACUAUACCUGAUUUAUAUCAUCACCUGACCAACCAUACAUGUAAGCUUACUGCUGAUAUACACACAGUAUAACUGUACUUGUCUAAUAUAACAGCCUGUUUACUGACUAUACCUGAUUCAUAUCAUCACCUGACAAUACAUUUAAGUUAGCUGCUGAUACACACACAGUAUAACUGUACUUGUCUCAUAUAACAGCUCCUGUUUAGUAACUAUACCUGAUUUAUAUCAUCACCUGACCAUACAUGUAAGUUAGCUGCUAAUACACACAAAGUAUAACUGUACUUGUCUAAUAUAACAGCUCCUGUUUAGUAACUAUACCUGAUUUAUAUCAUCACCUAACCAUACAUGUAAGCUAGCUGCUAAUACACACAAAGUAUAACUGUACUUGUCUAAUAUAACAGCCUGUUUAGUGACUAUACCUGAUUCAUAUCAUCACCUGACCAUACAUGUAAGCUAGCUGCUGAUACACACACAGUAUAACUGUACUUGUCUCAUAUAACAGCUCCUGUUUAGUGACUAUACCUGAUUUAUAUAAUCACCUGACCAACCAUACAUGUAAGCUUACUGCUGAUAUACACACAGUAUAACUGUACUUGUCUAAUAUAACAGCCUGUUUAGUGACUAUACCCGAUUCAUAUCAUCACCUGACAAUACAUUUAAGUUAGCUGCUGAUACACACACAGUAUAACUGUACUUGUCUCAUAUAACAGCUCCUGUUUAGUAACUAUACCUGAUUUAUAUCAUCACCUGACCAUACAUGUAAGCUAGCUGAAAAGAGGUAGAAAAAGACGAUCCAAAGAACAAAAAUAUAAAAAAUCAAUUCUUUAUUAGAAAAUUAAAAAAUUAAAACAUAUGGGCAUCAAAAAUAGGUAUGAAAAAGGAAAGAGCAGGUCUUACGCGUUUCGGCAGUAUUUUCCUUUCUUGCUGUGUAUAUAGAGUAUAGUGUCACACCUCUGCUAUCUGAUUAUACUGAAUACAUUGGACAUACAUUUAUCCAUUUGCUCAACUACACACACGGACUUUGCACAUGUGUUGUUUCCAUGUAAGCUAGCUGCUAAUACACACAAAGUAUAACUGUACUUGUCUAAUAUAACAGCCUGUUUAGUGACUAUACCUGGUUUAUAUCAUCACCUGACAAUACAUUUAAGUUAGCUGCUGAUACACACACAGUAUAACUGUACUUGUCUCAUAUAACAGCUCCUGUUUGCGUCCACUGGUAUUACGAGUGGAGCUCAAAUAUCACGCUCGCGUAAGCGCAAUGUUGCACUCCACUAUGUGCUCUAAGAAUAUCCCUUUAUGCCAAAUCUCUACAGUCUUUUUGUUAUCCUUCAGAACCAGAUCUCUACAGCACAAAGAAACUUCUGUUAUUCCUUUCUAUGUACAUCUGUGUCAUGACAAAUCCGUUAUUUUAUUGUUAUUAAGUGUAAACGGCUAAUAUUUUAGCAAAUUGGUGUGAUAUGUGUAGAGUAGCUAUUUAUGGUACAAUGUCCUGAGAUAUUCCUAGUUUAUUGUAGCAAUUACACAGUCAUGUUGUUUAAUUUAUCAUUGCUGCAAAAUGUGCAGAGUUACAGUGAAUUAAAUGUAAAUUCACUGUCUGUUGUUUCCUUAAGUAUUUAAAUUCUAAAAUAAAAACAGUUAAUUUAACAAUUA